GCCAUUCUCAAGCACUAGAGACCGACAAAAGAACAGAAAGCCACUUCGCAAUCCAAGAAGCGCCAUUUGCUGCAAACAGGAGUCCAUCUCUGCACUGGGACACGAGGGCCCUUUGCUGGAAACAAAAUGGCUGCCGAACAGACGGCCACAGUGGGAUUCAGCCUCCAGUUCCAGGCAGCCCUGGAGAAGUGGAUGCAGCCGGGGUUCAAAAUUCAGGAGCAUGGCCCAGCAAUUCCCAAAGCAGGGGACAAGGUGGUAGGAGCGGGAAAGUCCUCGACAGUGCUCUCUGAAGGGAGAAUUGGGGGAUUUGUUCAAAGGGCACCAGCGCAGCAGGUUAAACAGGAACCAGGAGAUGUGCUGCACCAGCAGUGGGAAUCUCAGUGGCAGGACUUCUUGAAGAUGGUGGAGUCCCAACAAUCUCAAUGGAGAACCGCACCAUUGCCAGAGGAGCCAUCCCCAUGGGAUGACACAAAAUCUUUCCUGGCCUCCUUCGAGAAAGUGGCCGAAGCCUGCCGGUGGCCCAAGGAAGAGUGGGCAGCCCAACUCCUGCCGGCCCUCAGUGGAGAAGCCGAACAGGCCUUCAGCAGCCUGAAGGCUGGAGACAAGGAGGAUUAUGGGAAAGUGAAGGUGGCCAUCUUGCGAAAGGAGGCCAUGAGGAGGGAGGAGGUGCGUCAGGACUUCAGGGGCUUCUGCUACCAGGAGGCUGAGGGGCCCAGAGGGGCCUACAGCCAACUCCAGGAGCUUUGCUCCCGGUGGCUGAAAGUCGAGAGGCACACGAAGGAGCAGAUCCUGGAGCUGCUGAUCCUGGAGCAGCUCCUGACCGUUCUGCCAAUGGAGAUCCAAAGCUGGGUGAGGGAGUGCGGCCCGGAGACCUGCUCCCAGGCGGUGGCCCUGGCAGAGGGGUUCCUGCAGCUGCAAGAGGAAACACGAAAGCAGGGAAAGGAGAAGCAGAUCCCAUCUGAGGAGGUGGAGGCUAAGCUGGAGGUGGAUGAAGGAGACUUCGGCUCAAUGGACAAAAGAGGAGUGUGUAUCAAGGAGGUGGAGAAAUGUGGGCCGGAAAAUUCCACCCAAAUAAGGCCAUGUGAAAGAGAGUCUGCCGGGAGAGGAGAAAACGUUCCUCCACUUUGUGAAAAGGCCUCAGAGAGUCAGCGUAGGCCUUGGUGGCAGCAGAUCAGCCUCCCUGGAGCAGGAGCGGUCGGAUCCAUUCCAGGUGCAGGAGGCUACAAGGAGCUCUGCCAAGCCUCAGGCCACCAGGUGACGCAGACCGGUUAUUGGCCCAAGAGCGAGAACGAAGAAAAUCACCGAGGCGUUUUGGAGCAAUCUGAAACAACAGCAGUCGUUUCAAGAUUGGCGACUGAGAACACCAUGGCUCGGGCUGAAAAAAGUGGGGAGGCAUCUGAGGGUCAGCGCAGGAAAUGGCAGGAAGGAAAUGCCCUGAAGAGAAGGACAGGCCAAUCCACUACCUGUGGGGUGGAGGGUAAGGCGCCCAGCGAAAAUCUGCCACAGCCCAAACAAAAGAUGUUUGCUGCGCUUCCUGAGAGAGCUUUCAAGCUCCGUGCGCCAGGCCACUGCAGGCGCGAGCGGCUGCACAAGGCGGGGAUGCCCUUCCGCUGCGCCGAGUGCGGGAAGAGCUUCAUACACCAGCGAACCCUCAGCACACACCAGAGGCUCCACACCGGAGAGAAGCUCUAUGAGUGCCCCGACUGCGGGAAGAAAUUCCUCAGCAAGUCAAAGCUCGCCAGGCACCGGCGGCUGCACACCGGGGAGCGGCCAUUCAAGUGUUUGUACUGCUGGCGGAGCUUCAGCCAGAGCUACAACCGGACGGAGCACGAGAGAACUCACACAGGGGAGAAGACGAAGCACAACUGGGCAGCCCGCGCGACGAACGUGGGUGGCAGCUCCUGUGUCGCUGCUCACGAAGGAGCCCGUAAAAGCGAGAGACCCUAUAAAGGUUCCUAUCAGGGGAACUGCCCCCCUUCAGGCUCUGAGGAAACGUAGAAGGGCCCAACCCCCGGAAGGAAAAAGGAAGAACUUGUAACGUUGGCCCAAGCAUGGGAAAGCCUCUGUUCUGAAGAUGCUCCUCAUUAGAUUUCACUUGAUUGGCUGAAGGGGGAGCACGUGUUAUAGAUGGGUGCAGCAAGCAGGUUGCUUAUUGCUUGAUAGGGUCACUCUGCAGAGGGGUGGAAGAGUGAGAGGAAGAAGCAACUAGGGAGAAAGAGGAGGUGGAGAACUAGGGAGAAAGGGGCAGCAGCUGGCCAAGGAAGACAUGGGGACCUAGGAAAGGGGGGGGGUUGUCUGCGGGCUGCAGUAGGUCUGGGUAGCCCAUGGCCCACCAGGGUUGUUGGACUUCAACCCACAUCAGCCUCAGCCGGUGUGGUGAAUGGUUCAGGGAUGGUAGAAGCUUCAGUCCAAUAAUAUAUGGAGAGCCACAGAUUCAUCAACCCUGGUCCACAGGCCUUUCCCCUCUUUUCCUAAUUCAGGGAUGGGGAAACAACAGCCCUCCGGUUGUUGCUCCCCUCAACUUCCAUCAGGAACCCCAGUGAGGGAUUAACACCACCAUCAUUAUUCCUAUUAAUUAGUGACUUUGCUCAGAAAAGUGAUUCAAGGCGACUUAGAACACUGCAUAAACAUCAAUACCAAUUACAAGAAUCAAACCGAUGCGAACGUACAAAACACAUGUGUACAAAUACGAGGAACCUUCCUCACUAGAAGAGGUCACAAGUACUUAAAAGCCCUUCAGAAUGAGCUAAAAUGGGCGCGUAAAAUAGGUAAAGAUGGUGCCAGGCGAGCCUCCCUGGGGAGAGGAUUCCACAAGCACCACUUGAGCCACCACUUUGGGCCUCAGAUGACUAUUGCAAGGUCCGGGUGCAAGUACAUGGAGCAAUAUGUAACUGAAAGAGGCCUCAAUACUUUUGGAACUACCAGCCGCUUUAGAUGAACUCUGUGAAAAAUAACAACAGUUAGAAUGGACUCUGAUAUCUGUGUAUCCCCUUCUUCUUCCUUCUGAUUUAUUUGGAUGAUUCAAAGACCUGUGUUCCUUUGUUAUCUUGAGAUAAAUGUCUA